AUGGUUUAGCUUCUUAUUUUUAGUUCCCUUAAUGUUACAUUGCAUAAAAAAGAAGUAUUGAUCUUUUUGAAUAAGAGAAUUGAAGAAUCACAAUGUAAUAUACAUUUCUUAAUGUAGAGAUAGUGUCUUCCAUGCUGUUUAUGUAUUUAAAUAUUAAAUACCUUGCAUAAUAUUAACAUCCAGUGCCCAAAGUGAAAUUGUAUAAUCACAAUUAGCAUAGGUGAUGUGUAGUUGUACUAUAG